CUUUGACACAACAAGAAUCUGAGGAGAAAAUUGUGAUAAAUUAUGCUUAUUUUGCGUUGAAUUACGUCCAGCCAACCUCAGCAGAGAAAUAGAAAUUGUGAAUUUGUAAAAGUGACAUAAUAUUCCCAACUUAUACUACAGAUUUUUGACACAGGGAGAAAAUUUAGAAAAUGGAUUAAAGCGAUUAGUAAGCUGUAGCAGAAUGGACACUAAUUUUACAGACUACCAGGCUGAAAGAUUUUAACUUGAGUGAAAGUACCAAAUAAGGAGAUAAAGCUAUUAAAGCAUUAUGUCUUCUGUGAAGGUAGCAGUGAGGGUGCGGCCCUUCAACAGCCGCGAAAUGAACCUCAACUCCGAGCUUAUCAUAAACAUGAAGGACAAAACAACAACCAUUACCAAUCCCAAAGCAGGCCCCAAAGAUGUCAAAAUUCGCAACUUUAACUUUGACCACUCAUAUUGGUCACACACUAAUACAGAAGAUCCAAACUUUGCGACCCAGAAGCAGGUGUAUGAGGAGAUAGGGGUGGAGAUGCUGGACCACACAUUUGAGGGAUACAAUGUCUGUAUAUUCGCCUAUGGACAAACAGGGUCAGGAAAAAGUUACACAAUGAUGGGCAAGAGUGAGCCAGGACAGCAGGGGAUCAUUCCUCAGCUUUGUGAGGAUUUGUUUGAACGAAUAAAAGCAGCAAAGUGUGAUGAUGUGCAGUUCUCUGUGGAAGUGAGUUACAUGGAAAUUUAUUGUGAGAGAGUGCGAGAUCUCCUUAAUCCUGGACACAACAAAGCUUUACGUGUGAGGGAGCACCCCUUAUUGGGCCCCUAUGUGGAGGAUUUAUCAAAGCUAGCUGUGCAGUCAUUUGAUGACAUCAAUAACCUCAUAGAUGAAGGCAAUAAAGCUAGAACUGUAGCUGCUACAAAUAUGAAUGAGACAAGUAGCAGAUCUCAUGCAGUUUUCACCAUUAUUUUCACACAGCGUCGCAGAGAUGAUACUACCAAUAUGGUUGGAGAAAAAGUUAGUAAAGUGAGUUUAGUAGAUUUGGCAGGUGAAAAAUCAACUUUAAAUCUUGGAGCAAAAGGCACUCGUUUAGAAGAAGGAGCAAACAUUAACAAGUCACUGACAACCCUCGGAAAAGUCAUCUCAGCUCUCGCUGAAUUGAGUGCAAUGGACCUUAAAGCCAACAAAAAGAAGAAGAAAGCUGAUUUUAUACCAUACAGAGAUUCAGUGUUGACUUGGCUACUCAGGGAAAACUUAGGAGGAAAUUCCAAAACUUGCAUGAUAGCUGCUUUGUCACCAGCUGAUGUUAAUUAUGAUGAAACUCUGAGCACUCUGAGGUAUGCAGACAGAGCUAAGCAGAUUAUGUGUAAAGCUGUUGUCAAUGAAGAUCCAAAUGCUAAACUGAUCCGAGAACUUAAAGAAGAAGUCUCCAAACUGAGGGAAAUCCUACUGACAGAGGGCAUUCAGAUUGGAGAAGGACUUGAAGGACUUCCAGACCCUAAGGUAAUUACAAGAUCCAGGAAAGAUUCCUUGACAAUGGAUGACGGAGAGAAUGCCAUAGAACGUCUUCAGAUGUCAGAAAAACUCAUUGCAGAACUUAAUGAAUCAUGGGAAGAAAAGCUUCGAAGAACAGAGGCUAUUAGAAAAGAAAGGGAGGCAACAUUAGCAGAAAUGGGUGUGGCUCUGAAGGAAGAUGGAGGAACCAUUGGUGUCUUCUCUCCAAAGAAGUCACCUCAUUUGGUUAACUUAAAUGAAGACCCACUGAUGUCAGAGUGUCUGAUCUACUACAUCAAAGAAGGAGCUACAAGGGUUGGACUGAAGGAUGCAGCACAGAACAAUGACAUUCAGCUCAGUGGAUCAAACAUUGCGGAGGAACACUGUAUCUUCCACAACAUUGAUGGGAAAGUGACGUUGCUUCCCAUUCAGAAUGCUGUUGUGUAUGUUAAUGGAAAACAGGUCACUGAGGAAAUGGAGCUGAAAACAGGAGCUCGCGUCAUUAUAGGCAAACAUCAUGUCUUCAGAUUCAAUCAUCCAGACCAAGCGCGUCAGAGCAGAGCACAUCUCAUUGACUUUGAUCAGAUUGAGUCCAUAGGAUCAACUGAACAAGAAGAUCUGAAGUCAGAGCCUGAGCAAGAAGCCGAGCCUGUAGACUGGACAUUUGCACAGCUGGAGUUAUUGGAGUCACAAGGAAUAGAUUUAAGGAGAGACAUGGAAGCCAGACUUCAGGGGUUAGAAGAACAGUACAAAAAGGAAAAGGAAGAGGCUGAUCAGUUGUUUGAGCAACAGAGAAAGGAUUAUGAGACUAGAAUACAAAACCUUCAAGAGGAAGUCAUGAGGCAUUCAAUGAUGUCAAGUUUUGCUGCCACGGAGAAUGAAACAAUUGAAGAGGAGGAAGAAGAGUGCACAUGGACUGAGAAGGAGAAGCAGGUGGCUGCCUGGGCUUUUAGGAAGUGGAAGUAUCACCAGUUUACAUCCCUCCGAGAUGAUCUGUGGGGCAAUGCCAUCUUCCUCAAGGAAGCUAAUGCAAUAAGUGUUGAACUCAAUAAAAAGGUACAGUUCCAGUUUGUACUGCUGACUGACACUCUCUACUCCCCCCUCCCCCCUGAACUCUUCCACCCCGGGGAGAGGGACGAUGACCGCCCCUUCCCCAGGACUGUGGUGGCAGUGGAGGUCCAGGAUACUAAGAAUGGGGCCACACACUACUGGAGUCUGGAGAAACUGAGACACAGAUUGGAGCUCAUGCGAGAUAUUUACAAUGAGGAUCUGUCACCCGGCACCCCAGAGGCCAAACAGAAUUUCUUCCAAUGUUUCACAGGCUGUGGGCCGUCACAAAACUACUUUAACUUCAUUAAUCUCAUUCCCUCCAGACAAAGACUGGAGUUGAUGAGACAGAUGUAUCACAACGAGGCAGAGUUAUCUCCCACUUCACCAGAACCAAACAUUGACACGAUGAGUGGAGGCGAUCCAUUCUACGACAGAUUCCCUUGGUUUAGGCUUGUGGGAAGAGCCUUUGUUUACCUGAGUAACCUGUACUAUCCUGUGCCUCUGGUGCACAGAGUCACAAUUGUGAGUGAAAAGGGAGAGGUCAAAGGGUUUCUUAGAGUUGCCGUUCAGGCAAUCACAGAAAAAGAAGAAACUCCUGACUACACACCAGGAAUCAGGCAGUCAGGAAAUGCCAAAAUUUCUUUCAAUGACAAUGACUACUUCAAAAAGAAACAGCAGUACAGUGACCUCUCAUCACAGACAGCGCCAUCUACAGAAAACCUCAGAUAUGUAGAAGGUGAAGGUCCAAGUCCAGAUAACUCUAUCAAUACUUCUGAGCCGUACAUCUGUGAGCAGAAAAUGAAGUCAGUGGACCUGUUCCCAGAUAUUGAUGAGAAAGAGCUGCCCGGACACCUUAAGGUCGACUCUCAGUUCCAGUUCAGGGUCACUAUCCUAGAGGCUUCUGGGAUAGCCUCAGAAUAUGCUGACAUCUUCUGCCAGUUCAACUUCCUACACAGACAUGAUGAAGCUUUUUCAACAGAACCUCUUAAGAAUGGUGGGAAGAGUCAUCCUUUAGGGUUUUAUCAUGUACAGAAUUUCACAGUCUCUGUGACAAAGUCCUUCAUAGACUACAUAAAAACACAGCCUCUUGUGUUUGAAGUCUUUGGCCACUACCAACAGCAUCCAUUACAUGAACAGGCCAGAGAAAUUCCUUAUAAUGUCAGACCAAGGCCCAAAUGUAAUUUUCCUCCCAUGAUUCCAGUAUCUAAGCCAGUUCCUUCACCAAAGUACGGAGUUCUGAGUCCACCAAGAGUUAAAAAGUCACACAAAAAAGAUUUGUUAAUUGAAGUCAAGAAAGCAAACCAGGAAGGGUUUUACGAUUCUGGUCGCAGUCUGGAGUCGCCUCUCUCUCCGGGUUCGAACUGUAGUCACAUACAUUCCAGAUUUGACCUACUGGUUUGGUUUGAGAUAUGUGAGCUUGCACCCAAUGGAGAGUACGUUCCUUGUGUUGUAAGCCACGCUGAUGACCAGCCUUGUACAGGACUGUUUAUGCUUCACCAGGGAAUACAGAGAAGGAUUGCUAUCACUAUAAUGCAGGAACAGAGUCCAGAAAUCGACCUCAUCUGGAAGGAUGUCAAGGAACUUGUUGUAGGUCGUAUUCGUACCACGCCAGAAUACCAUGAAGUAGACAACGAGACCUCUGUGCUGUCACUGAAUCUUUUCCCAGCCUCCUACAUACAGUAUCCAGGAGAUGACAGAAUCUACUUUCGCUUUGAGGCUGCAUGGGAUAGCUCUCUCCACAACUCACAUUUACUGAACAAAGUCACUGCCUCUGGGGACAGAAUUUACAUGACUCUCUCAGCCUAUAUUGAGGUGGAAAACUGUCAGCAACCUGCUUGCAUUACCAAAGAUUUAAGUAUUGUUAUCCAUUCAAGAGACACAAAAAUAACUAACUCCAGGACUUUCAGGAGUUUAUUUGGAGGUAGCAAGUCUCUGGACGCUAACCGUGUGAGCGGUAUUUACGAGUUGUUCCUGCGGCGGGCCUCAGAAUCAGGUGCCCAGAGAAGACAGAGGCGGGUGCUGGAUACGUCCUCUACCUACGUGAGGGGGGAGGAGAACCUCAAUGGAUGGAGGCCCCGGGGGGACUCACUUAUAUUUGACCAUCAGUGGGAGCUGGAGAAACUCACCAGGCUAGAACUGGUGGAGAAAUCUCGUCAUGUGUUGCUUCUGAGAGAGAAACUUGCUGAACAGAACAAGACAAAUGAACUCAGUAAACUAGACAAAGAAGCCUCAAAUAAGUCCGUAAAAGCCAAACAUGAUCAGGAGAAAGAGGAAAUCCUAAAUAAAACAGAGAAUUCCGAAGAAAAAUCCAUAGAGAAGUGGGAGAAGGAUGACGCUACAGAGAAGUAUGAGAGACAAGGACAGGGUGUCUACAACUUUACAACGGAUGGAAGCCGAGAGCAGGAAUUGACAGCUAAAUGUCUGAGGCUCAUUCUGCAAGGGAAAUUACUGCUGACUCCUACUUCUCUUAAGCCCUCCUCCGUGAUGACUGAGUCCCUUCUCAGUAACACCACCACAGACAGUGAGGAGAACUUGACACCUAGUGACCAGUCUAUGAUUACAAGUAUUGCCAGCUCCUCAGCAUCAGAUUUAUGCAGACAUGCGAACCCCCCUCCUCCCAGUAUCCAGGUAUCCAAGUCAUGCGACAGUCUGACUACCAGCACUAACUCCGAGCUCAGUGACCGAAAGUUCUCCCUCCCAAUCAACCCCCCCGAAUCAAAUGCUGACGACGACAAUUACAUUCCCCUGGUGGACGAGGUGAGGGUCAGCCCUGUCGUGUCCAGGAAAGGAUACCUCAACUUCCUGGAGGAGAAACACACUGGAUGGGUCAAGAAAUAUGUGGUUGUACGGAGACCCUAUAUAUACAUCUAUAAUUCUGAGAAGGACCCAGUUGAGCGAGCCAUCAUUAACCUGGCGACAGCUCAGAUUGAAUACAGUGAAGAUCAGCAGUCACUGCUAAAGGUCAGGAACACUUUCUCUGUGCUGACAAAACACCGAGGAUUCCUGAUGCAGACCCUGGAUGAUAAAGAUUUCCAUGACUGGCUGUAUGCUCUAAAUCCUCUCCUGGCAGGACAAAUUAGAUCCACCUUGUCUAGGAGGAAACUGCCAAUGAAUAUAUAAAAAAAGAGAAAGAAUGAAAGUACAUUCAGCAUAUGCUUUAAUAGGCAUUCGUCUCACUCACCAAAUAAUAAAAAGAUAGAAUUUACAGACUGAAGGAUUAGAUCUGAAAGGAGCAGACAACUCAUGACUUUUUUGUUGUGUUUACCCUGUUACAUUUGUGUAUGUAUGGGGAGACAGUCUUAAUUUAGAUCUUCUGAUGUAUUAUUCCUCCCAGAAGGCUACAAAAUGGAGAGAUUUGUUAAUUAGUGUUUACAGCACUGUUGUGAUAUGAACAAGGAUAUUUGUUAUUUAUUGAAAGUAUUUUUUGUUGUCGAUGGUGUUACAUGUACAUGUAUUUCAUUCUUUAUCUAUAUACAUGUAUAGGUAUAUUGUUAUCAUUGUAAUAUCAUUCAUAUUAGACCUUCACUUUCCAGCAGGAAAGACAUCUCAUGACACUGGUAAAAUUAAUUUGUAAGAGGAGAAACACAAAAGUAAUAUUUAGCUGACUCUAAACAAGUAAAAAUUACAAUUAAGUCUGGAAAAAUGGAAAUAAUGGUAUAAUUUAUGACUUUUUGGGGUAUUAUAUACAUCACUAUAUGUUUUGUAGAGUUUAUAUUGAAAUAUCUGUUUUGAAAAAUAUGAAUUUGAUAUUUAUCAAAAUUUAUCUCUCAGUCUAGUAUUGACAUUUUUAUGUACAUUGUGCCAAGAUGUAAGUCUAUCAGUAAUACUGAUAAUUUAUAGUUUCGCAAUACAAGAACAACAUUUCUAGUCAUCUCAAAUCGUUAUGUGUUCAUUCAUUUUAAAACACACUUGCAUGUGUCAUAGUACGAUUAAAAAAAAUCAGCCAUUUUGCAUAUUCUCCUCUAUAUUAUCAUUGAUUCUCACCGAGAUGCAGGUUGUAGUUUAGCUAUAUGUUGUUGGUAAUGUAAGCAUACCAAGUUCAUAAAUAGUAAAUGUAUCAAGUAAGAAUAUGUCUACUUAGCUGAAUGUUGGACUCAUGUCACUAGACUUGUCUACAUCAACAAGAGAAAGAAAUUUUACAAACUGAGCAGGUGCUGUAUAUAAAUUUCUGUAAAAAUCAUGCAUCAAAGCAUAUGUGAAAUAUUUAUAAAAAUUAUUUUAAUUCAAAGUUUCGUGUAUAUAAUCUAGUAGUACAUAGCUUGCUUCACACUAGAUUAUAGAGUCCAAACAAUUUUCUGCAAUUUCUCUUCAAGAUAUGGUUGCUAAUGUUUAAUAAGAAAGAAUUUUAGAUUAAUCUGUUUAGUAUGAAAUGGAGAAUUUAUCACUUUGAUUUUGCAUUGCUUUGAGGAAUUUUUUAAUGUGAAUUGGAGAGAAAUCUAAUCUAAUUCUUUAGGGAUGAAAGAGGGAUUUUUCACUUCUACUUCAUGUAAGUGACAAUCUGUAGUUAGGACUCACUUUUUCGACCCCUUGAAUUACAAGUAUUGUACAUGUAGUACUAAUGUAUUAAAUCUGAA